GUUGCCGUGGCAACAUGUUAGCUCGUUUUAUAUACUCACCAAGAAACCUGGAAUGAAUCGUGUCUUUCCUUUUCCCCAUCGAAACAAGCCAGAUUUGAGGAACAGAAGAGCACAAAACUACUCAACGUGGUGGUGAAAUGAAUUACUCUCGGUUCUUGACAGCUGUCAGUGCAGCCAGAAAGCCGUCGCCCAUCAGGGUCCUGACUGAGCUGCAGCAGCGCUCACCACCGUCUCUCAUCUCUUUGGCUGGAGGAGCACCGAACCCCAACACCUUCCCCUUCCAGGCGGCAACCAUUCAGGUGAAGAACGGACCAGCGGUCACCUUCGAUGAAAUCACGAUGAAGCGGGCGCUGCAGUACUCCGCCUCCAGCGGACUCCCUGAGUUGCUGUCGUGGAUGAAGAAGUUACAGAAAGACCUCCACAAUCCACCGACUGACAGCUUUGGCCAAAUGGACAUGUGUGUGACCACAGGGAGCCAGGAGGGGCUCUGUAAGGUGUUUGAGAUGCUGGUCAACCCUGGAGAUAACCUUGUUCUGGACGUACCCACAUAUUCAGGGACUCUGGCAGCGCUGCAGCCGCUCGGCUGUAAUCUAAUCAACGUUGCCAGCGAUCAGCACGGGAUGAUACCUGCUGCCCUGAAGGAGGUGCUGUCUCAGUGGGACCCCUCAGACGUCCAUAAACUGGACAGCACUGCACCCAAGAUCCUCUACACCAUCCCCAAUGGAGGGAACCCCACCGGCACCUCCAUGACCGCUCAAAGGAAGAAGGAAAUCUAUGAGUUGGCUCAGCAGUACGACAUGCUCAUCAUCGAGGAUGAUCCCUACUAUUUCCUGCAGUUUGAAAAGCCGUGGGCCCCGACGUUUCUCUCCAUGGAUGUAGACGGGAGGAUCAUCAGGCUGGACUCCUUCUCCAAGAUCCUGUCUUCAGGGCUGAGGAUCGGUUUUGUGACGGGACCGAAGCCUCUGGUGGACCGAGUGGUUCUGCACAUUCAGGCCUGCACCAUGCACACCAGCACCUUCACACAGCUGAUGGUGUCUCAGUUGCUGCACAGUUGGGAUAAAGAUGGUUUCUUCCAACACAUUGACGGGGUGAUUGAGUUUUACAGGAACCAGCGUGAUGCCAUGAUCAGCUUGGCCAACAAGUGGCUGAAAGAGGUAGCGGAGUGGCACGCCCCGUCAGCGGGCAUGUUCCUGUGGAUCAAAGUGAAGGGUGUCGCAGAUACGCACAAGCUGAUCAUGGAAAAGGCGCUGGAGAAAGAGGUGCUGCUGGUUCCUGGUGGUGUGUUUAUGAUCAACAGCUGUGACCCGUGUCCGUACAUCAGAGCGGCGUUUUCUCUCGCCGCCCCUCAGCAGAUCGAUGAGGCUUUCCGAAGACUCUCUCUACUCAUCAAAGAGGCUUUGUGAUGUCAUAAUGGAGCUGAAGG